AUGGCUCAAUCAUAUCACCUCACUUCCGCCAUCACGGGAAAUAGUUCCUUAGAACCGAGUAAUUGUUGCUCCGGCCUGGCUGCGCGCUUCGAAACGGCGACAACUCUUACAGAGUCUGUUGCACCCGACGAAGAAGCACACGGCGCAGAUAGGUCGGAGCACAAAAAGGUGAUUGUGGUGGGAGCGGGGAUUUCGGGGCUGCGAGCAGCGGCCAUCCUGCGCGGCCAUGGCUGUGAGGUGGUUGUGGUGGAAGCUCGUGAUCGAAUCGGGGGGAGAAUUCUUACCAGUAGGACUGGAGGGCGCGUGCGAGAUAUCGGCGCCGCAUGGAUGCACGAAACGUCGCAAAACAGUCUGGUGAACCUCGUUCCUCAUCUAGGCAUCCCAUACUAUUACGACGACGGCGUCCCGUUGUACUUUACUCGCGAAGGCCGAGCCGGAUCUCAAUUCAAAGCGAAGAAGGUCGCCGAUGAAUUCGCCGAUUACUGCGAGUGGUAUUACGAGACUCAUCCGGACGCAGAGGAUCGUUCGGUUGACGAGUUUGUAAAGGAGUUUGUCCUGCAACACAAGCUCAUCACUGACGAUGAGCGCUGCUGGGCUCCGCAGGCCGUCCGCGAGGUCGAAUUGUGGAUUGGCACAAGUACUGAUCUUGCGUCUUCCAAGCACCUGUCCUAUUUUAUUACAGAGCGCAACCUUUACAUGAAAGGUGGUUACGAUCUCAUUGUUGACUGGACUGCCAAGUCGCUGAGAGAUGACCCGGAGAUCAUCCGGCUCGACCACCAAGUCCAACACGUUGAGUGGAAGGGGGAAGGCGGCCAAGAGCUCGCAAUCGUCCAUUACACUGAUUCCGCUGGAAACGUCGGUAUUAUCGAAGGUGACGCAGUCGUCAUGACUGUCCCCUUGGGUGUAUAUCACCAUAACCUUAUUUCUUUCAACCCGCCGUUGCCGAGCGAUAUCCAAGAGGGUAUAUCCAAAUUCAGCUACGGGGCUCUAGGGAAAAUAUUCUUUGAAUUUAGUGAGCUCUUCUGGUCAAAGGACAAUGACCAGUUCGUGUUCUAUCCAUCUCCGACCGAUACCGACUCUGAAAGCUCCUCUGCAUCCUCCAUGCAAUCUAUUUCCAGCAUGGGGGCCGGCGAGAAGGACAAUAUCUUGAAUUACUCCACCGUCACUAUCAACCUGUGGAUUAUGACCGGCAGUAAGGAACUAUGCGUGCAAGUUGCGGAGCCACUGACUCAACGCGUCGAAGCCAUGAAGGACACUCGCGAAAUCUAUGAAUUUUUCGAACCACUAUUCCGGCUGCUGCGCACAGAGCCGUACAAAGCUCUGCCACGACUGGUCAGUGUUGAGACCACGCAUUGGACGCAGGAUCCAUUAGCGGGCUUUGGAUCAUACUCGGCCGACAAGGUAGGUGAUAAUCCCUCGUUGCUGAUAGAUGCGCUGGACAAUCACAAGGACAGUGUCUUACAGUUUGCCGGGGAGCAUUGCACGCUCGUUGCCAAUGGGUGCGUCCACGGCGCGUUCAAGACGGGCGAGACUGCUGCGGAGAAUUUGCUGCGCAAGUUUGGUAUCGCAUACACUGGUAGCGAUCUGGAUAACUUGAAGUAG